AUGGAGUCUAAGUGGCUGAGAUCUUUGAAGGAGGAGCAUGGCCUAUACUCAAUCAUUCACACCCUCUGUUUCUCCACAGAGCCAGUGAGAGUGCCCACACUCUUAGCCAGCAACACCACAGCCACAGAGAAUAAGGACGCCGUGGUUAUGACCUGCUACACAAAUGCGCCUUCCAUUAAAUGGUUGUUAGAUGCUGAGAGUCUGUGGCUCAGGGAGAGGAUGAAGCUGUCUCAGGACCAGAGAACCCUCACCAUAGACCCUGUCAGGAGGGAGGAUGCUGGAUUCUACCAGUGUGAAGUGUCCAACCCCAUCAGUUCUGCUGAUAGUGUAGCGAUUGAGCUGCGUGUCAAAUAUUAA